GAGGGAGGGAGGGUGCAGGUGUAGUGCUCCGGUUUCCUGGGGGGAUGGUGUUAAAUGCGGCGAUAGAACGCAGACAAGGACACUGCUGAUCUCCACUAUGCGGCUGCGCAACACUUUGAUUACUGCUUGUUUUCCUCCCUGCUCCCCCUCACCCACCCAUCCACAGCCUGUCCCUCUAAUCAGGUUGCGCGUUGAAUUUAAACAACGCCGCGCUCUCCGGGAUCUGAAUUUGUGACGUUAAGCGGCGCGUGAAAUUGGGGAAAUACCUUGUGAGAAAUCAGUAUUCAGGGGUUUUGACUGUAAGCGCAGAAUUUGUCCCAUCAAUCGGAUUGCUCUCCUCCAAUCAAGAGGCGACGAAAGCUGGGAUUCAGAUCAGACUGUGUGUUAUUGGCUGGAGCUGUUCGGCGGCAGGACCCAGCUACAGGCUGGUGGGCAGGAAGGGGCUGGCUUUAGGGGUGUGUGUCUGGAUGGGGGGGUGGAGAAGGUGGGAUGUUGGCUGGAAGUGUUACAGCCAAAUAGUUUGAGUAGACACUCUUUUGCUUCCUGCCCGCCCGCCUGCCUCGCUCGCUUUGCUCUGCGGCUGAGAGAGACGCUGAGAGAGAAAAUCCCUGUCUAGGCAUGGAGCUCUGGCUGCGCUGCUCGGGGGCUCGUGAGGAAUGACAACAGCUCACAUGGUCAUUAACUCCUCUCGCUGGGGCUGAAGGGAGAACCGCACCGGAGCCAACGGGUGCCUCCUGUGUUUGGGACAGAAGCUCACAACGGCGCUCCGGGAACGUAUCAACCGAGAUCAGAAAGUGCCUUUUGAGUUAACAUCCCUACUUGAAGACUUUGUCCGAAGAGCUCCGGAUAUUCCUCUGCGGUCUCUGCAGGCCAUAGCGUCAAAUCCUACCUGGUUUGUCCUCGUCUGUGCUUUUUGUGUGAAUAAACCCCGAGUUAAAGCCAAAUCUCUCCGCUGCUGGCCAGGGUGCCAAAGCUUAAAGGCACUUCGAAGGGAAGAGCUGCACACCUUUGUGCUGUCCUAAAAUGUGCCAUUGUACCUGAAAAUAGGGCCACCUUUUCUCCCCAACACUCACCCACCCCCUUGGAAAGAGAUCAUUACUCAUAAAAAGGACAUUUUGGGGACAGUGGUGUGUGUCCAAUACAAGUAUGACCCCUCUGCCUCGCCAGAGGUCUGCUCUUGAGAUUUACUGAUUGAUGAUGAUUGAUGAAUCUGUUUGACUGACAAACUUCCAAAACACAGUUGUUCAUCUCAUGGUCAGGUUUCUCCACCAGAUUUCCUGUCUUUUUUCUUUUCUUUCCUUUUUUUUUUUUUUUUUUUUUUUGUCCGCAAAGACAAAGCGCCUCCGCUGACCUGAGGCAGAGUAUUUUUAGCUGUAUGUUCCAUCGGUUUUACUUUUGAUUUUAUGUGUUUUUAACCCGGAGCUCUUUGUCGAAGCACCUCCUCCCCGAACCGAGCGGCUCCCUCUCCUUCCUCCAGCCCCGCAGCCAUCAGACCCCCUUCAACAUGGCUCUAAACAUAGCCUCGAUACGGGACACAAAAUGGCUGACCCUGGAAGUGUGCCGGCAGUUCCAGCGAGGGACGUGUUCGCGCAGUGACGAGGAAUGCAAAUUCGCCCACCCACCCAAAAGCUGCCAGGUGGAGAACGGGAGAGUGAUCGCCUGCUUUGACUCGCUAAAGGGACGCUGCACGCGAGAGAACUGCAAAUACCUCCACCCGCCGGCUCACCUGAAGACCCAGCUGGAGAUCAAUGGCCGGAACAACCUGAUCCAGCAGAAGACGGCGGCCGCCAUGUUGGCUCAGCAGAUGCAGUUCAUGAUCCCCGGAACAACCAUGCAGCCCGUGCAGACGUUUCCGGUCAGCCAGGGCCUGGGAUCCAGUGCAGGCUUGAGCUACACGCCUUACCUGACCCCGAUGUCACACAGCAUGGGCCUGGUCCCCACAGACAUGCUGCCCAGCACUCCUGUCAUCGUCCCUGGCAGCCCACCCGUGUCAGUGACGGCCGGUUCCUCCUCCAACCAGAAACUCCUGCGUGCUGACAAACUGGAGGUCUGCCGCGAGUUCCAGCGGGGCAACUGCGCCCGCGGCGAGACAGACUGCCGCUUCGCCCACCCGAGCGACAGCCCCAUGAUCGACACCAGUGACAACACGGUCACCGUGUGCAUGGACUACAUCAAGAGCCGCUGCUCCCGCGAGAAGUGCAAGUACUUCCACCCCCCAGCCCACCUGCAGGCCAAGAUCAAGGCGGCCCAGCACCAGGCUAACCAGACGGCUGUGGCCACACAAGCUGCAGCCACGGCUGCAGCCAUGACUCAGUCGACUGCCAAAGCAAUGAAGCGACCCCUCGAGGCAACUGUAGACCUGGCGUUCCCCCACGGCGUCCUCCAGCCGCUACCAAAGAGACCAGCGCUUGAGAAGAGCAACGGAGCCAGCUCUCUGUUCAACCCCAGUGUUUUGCACUACCACCAGGCGCUGGCCAACGCACAGCUCCAGCAGCCUGCUUUCUUUCCCACAGAUCAUCCUGAAGUGAGCAUCGCCAGGGAAACGGAGUGUCACGAAGCUGCACUAGGAAGCCCAAAACAGCCCCUCUGUAAAUACUACCUUGCCUCUCCCAUAGAGGUCCAGCAACCUGCAUGCUAAGAGUGUAACACUUCAAUUUAACCGACUGCAGAGCCGCUAAUUUCAGAGCAGCGUUCACCCUGACAGCCACACCUUCGCUUCCCUUCGCUGUUUCAAACGAUAGCCAGCCCCAGACGCCGACGUCUUCUUCCCGGAAACAUCUCGCCACGAGAGCGAUACGCGCCCUUUCCAUUUGUUAUUUUUGCCAUUGCCCCGUUGCUGCAGAGUCGACCCGCUCGCCCUUUAUUUGCCGUGAGUUCAGCUUGUUCGCAUGCAGUCCGGACUGGAGAAGCUUGACGAGGCUCGGGCCUGCGCCAAGGGCUCGACAGAAGCUGGAGAGGUUAGCUUCAGUCAUACCAAGCCUUUUGUGUGUGUACGUGCGACUGUGUGCGUUGUGUGUGUCGUCGUCAGGAAACUGAUGGUCUGCCGGCAGACUGCGACUUUAAGCGAGGACUAGCAACUCCAGGCCUGGAAAAUUAGUUUUUUUUCUUUUUUCUAUUUGUUUAUUUUUUAGAACCGGGGGACAUGUGAGGGACUUAAGUGCUAAAUCUAAAUAUAAAAACAACAACAGAAAAAAAAUGUUUGAAAAAAAAAACAAACAAAAAAAAAAAAAGAAAACAAUGCAUUUGACGACACUCGUCAAGCAAAAAGAUGACUUGAACUUUGAACUGGAGGGCUAUCUGUGACCAUCUGUUGUCCUGUCCAACCCUACUAUCACCGAUAAUCCUGUUUCCAUUUUAGAAAACUGUAGAAGUGCCUCAAAAAAAAAAAAUUUAAGAGAAGCUCAUCGACGACACAUAAAGCAUCCAGGGUGUGGAUCACUAAGAGUCACAAAAAAACCCCACCGGCUGUUAAAUCCAUAUAGACUCUUUUCGGGGAAAGACAUUACACUUCGCGUUGCCGGCCGGGACGGGGUGGGGACAACUUCCCUGGCAACGGCUCAUCUUACAUCACAAGUGACUUUACUGCAAGGAGAGAAUUUAAAGGAUCGACAAAUCAAAACUAGCUUUGUAGAAUGUUUGGUGACGUUUCACGGUGUAUCCGUCGUUUCUUACAUCAAUUUCAGUAGUUUACAUGGGGAAAGAGAGAGAAAACACCGUAUUGUAAACUGUGUAAUGUAUGUAAAGUGUCUGUUAUUUUGACAGUUUCUAUUCACGGUUAUAGAAAAUGUAUUCAGACUUAUUUAAAAAAGUUGUGUUGUGUUACUAUCAAGGUGUGUUUGACCCUCCGCCUCCCGUAACAAGUGUUAGUUUUUCAAGGCCAAGACAAGAAAAAUCACAUUAGCUUUUUGUUUUUUUUCUUGGAGGUUUUUCUCCGUUUGAUCAAAAAUUCUGAUGUGAUCUCAUGGUGCUUGAUCAACACUGACAAUCCACAAUCGAAACGGUUUGUUUUCAUGCACAUUGUGACCUGUAUGUUCACCGUAGCAACAAUGAUGUAAUAAUGGCUAAUAACCGAAUUUAGGUCAUUUUAAAUAUAAUAUUAUUGUGAAGCUUUUGACACUUUAUGUCAUCCAGCAAAAAUCUUUAUAAGCAGCUUUUAAAGCAACUUGGUUUUAUUUACAUUACUUCAGUCCUGUUGAUGCAGGUAUUGCCGCCCCAAAAAACCUCCCAGCGUGGGAUUCUUGACACUUACAAGGUUCCCUGCAGAAAAAAGAAUAAAUAAAACACGAUAAAAAUCAUAUCAGUGUUACGUUUGACUCUAAUCAGACCUUCAAUGAUUGCUUACAUUUCUCUCAUUAAAUUUGAACAUUUCAAAUUGUAUAAAUAUAAAUUGUGUUGUGCAGAGUGGAAUGAUUUGGGUGAUGUGAAGGUUUUAACUAGACUAUUUUGUGUUGCAAUAAUUUAUUUCUAUGCAAUAGCACAACAAAGGGUUUCAAAUUAGACCCCUCUAUUUGCUGUGCUGCCAACUAGUGGUUGAAUAUGUAAUUCCACAAAAAAAUAUAAAAAUAACCCCUUAAUUUUUUAAAAUGUGUAUAAGUAAUUUGUUUUGUGUUUUUUUUUUUUGUCAAAUAAUUCUAUACAGUUGACAUAAGAUGAAAUAAGGUAUAUUUAUGUGAUGGCCAACCAUGGCAACCAAUUUGGGAGGAGAUUUUUAACAUUCAUUCAGACUGUUUAAUUUUAAAAUUUCAUGUCACAUUGACAAAAAUAUCAGCAAUUAAAAAAUGAAAAAUGGCUAAAAGGGAACAAUUGGGUCUACAGAAGUUAAUGCUAUGCUAAUAUCGUGAGAACUAAUUAUGCUAUUAGCAAAAUGUCAUAUUAAGGGCCCACAAACUUAAUAUUAUUGGUUCCAUUUCUCUUUCAUAACAUUUAAUAUUGAGCUGCUGGUCAUUAUUACCUUAUCGGUUGCUACACACCCUUUUGUGAAAGGCGGUAAAUUGUCCUAUUUUAUUGUAAUUUAUCUCGCGUCACUCUAGGUGAGGUUUUACUCAUAAAUGAUGUUGUAAACUAUCCUGUUUUGAGAUGAAUGUAAUUUAUUGAGCUGUGCAGCGUUUUUGCACGGGUCGGUUGUCUUUUUUUUUUUAAAGGCCAAGCCCUCCGUCGAGUCGGCAGAUGAGGCGUCACAAGGCGGCGAGGGAGGCUUGAAAAGCUCUCCCCGGCGAUGGAGCUGGACACAUUUCUGGAUCUUUCUCGCCCUCUCAUCGAGGUUAAAAAGAAAAACAAGAAAAACAUUUGGAAAAAGAUCACAGCGUAGUACUAGAGUUGCUCCUGUUACUGAGGGAGGGGGGGGGAAAGUUUAUUGUAUAGAUGACAUUUUACCAACAAAAAAAGUGAAAAAAAAAAUGCAAAGAAAAUUUUGAAAAAGAUGUACUUUUCACUCUAGUAUGAUAGUAUUUCAUAACAAUAUUAAGUUGUUGCGGUGGCAACCAAAUGUUGCAGUUACUAAAGUUUGGUAUUUUUGUAAAUGACAUUAAGUUGAUUUUUUUGUUUCUUUUUUUUUGUUGUUUUUUUUGCUAGAACACUGUACACAAGGUAGAUUGUAAAGAAGAUAUGAACAUUUCUUAUUCAACGAGAAUAUGACGGUGACCUGAUAUUUUAACUAGCAAAUAACAGCCUCUAUACUGACUGUAACACUUCUAGAUUUAAAAUCAUCAAUGUCAUAUAGAUUACAUAUAAAUAUGAAUAUAUAUAUAUAUAUGUAAGAACUAAAUAUUCUAUAAAUUAGGUUCAGAUGUAAAACUCCUCCCCUGACAAAGGACCUUUAAGUUCCACACUGAGACGUUUUAUUUGAAGCGUAUUUAUCCAUAGAUUUUAGGAUUGCACUUUCUUUUUUGUUUUGUUUUUCACUUCCUUUACACUUCAAAAGGCAUCAGUAAUUAAUUCAACAUAUUGUUGCAUGGGAAAAUAUUUUUCUUUACUUACUAAAUGAUAACAUACUGAAUGUUUUUUUGUUUUUUUUUUAAAGAGAAACGAAAAAAUACAUAUAUAUAUAUAGAUGUAUAUGUAAAUAUAUAUAUCUAUAUAUAUAUGUCUGUACGGCCUGCAGCAGCAACCUUGUGUACGGGAUCCCUUUGCCUUUGAGGCGUAAAGUUUCUCUAUGCGUUUGCUGCUGUUGAUGAGAUGGUUUUAAAAAAGAGAGAAUGGGAAAAGAACAAAAAAAAAAAAAAAAAUCAGAGAAAUGUAAGCACUUUCUGAGCAGUUGGUCAACUGAGCAGACUCAGCUUAUCCAAACACUUUGCCUUAUCUUGAGUCCAUCGUGCUUGAGGUUUUAUGUUUUUAAGAGCUCUUCUGAAAUUUCUUUUUAAAAAAAAUGACUUGAACGGUCUCACUUCUCAAACCCCUUUGGAGUUUCAUUUCAAUUGUGACUCUUUAUAUUCCGAGGUAGUUUUAUUUUUCCUUCAAGGUUUUAAUGUGUGCGUCAUGAAGCCAACUGGGAGGCACUGCAACCGAACUGGAGUACGUCGUAGCCAUGUUGGGUCCCACUGCCUUACAAUGGAACAGCUUAUGACAGCAGAGGGCACUACAGUGGAGACCGCAGGGUUGAAGUCUCCUUCACAAAGUUAAACUGACAAUAAGACCCUCAUUGGAUUCAUAGUUUUAAUGUAAUCCUUUUAAAUGUAUUCUUUUGCAUAUAUUUUGUGCUAUUUUAUGUUUAUAUAGUCAGUUGUUUCUUUGGUUCCAGCGAGAUAGUGUAAAAUCUAUUGAGAGAAAGAAAUAAAGAAAAUGAAAUUAGA